GUAUAUGAUAUAUAUGUGAAUAAUUCUAUCUGUAUUAAUAUAUACGUUCAUGCAUGAUGCAGAAAAUAGUUAUAAAAAUGCAUGUGGCGAGUGAGAAAUGCAGAAAGAAGGCUAUGGUAAUUGCAGCUGAAUGUCAAGGUGUGGAAUCAAUAGAAAUAGAUACAGAAUGCAGUGAAAUUGUGGUAACUGGAGAUGAAGUAGAUCCUUUUUGCUUAACGAAACAGAUGAAAAAGAAGUUCCGCCAUGCUACCCUGAUACAUGUGGAAAAUAUAAAAGGAGGAGUUGAGGAGGAUGGCCAAGAAGAAGAAGACGAAACCAUACCAGAGAAAAUUUAUCCUCCGUCUUGUGCAAUAUGUAGCACCUCUAUCAUUCAACCUGCUUUCACAUUUUAUGAAUACCCUAAUAACUGCUCCAUCCUCUGAGCUAUUAAUUACCUCUCAUGAUUGUAUGAAGAACGACAAAACCACGUUCAUGAAUAAAAGCCUAAAGGCUGGAUUGAAUAAUAAUAAUUAGGGUUGA